AUGAAGACAUACCAUAAUUUUUGCAUGUUUCAAGAUGAUCGUAUAGGUUAGGAAACUGCAUUAGGCUAGUUCAAUUUCUUUGAGUUGUGGUUAGAUCUCCUAAUAUGGCUAGCGAAAAAAAAUCGGGAAAAACGUCUUCAAAAGGUGGAAAAUCGAAUGAAGAAAUAUUCGCUGGAUUUCAAACACUUCGAAAUGAACAAAGAAUGAUGGCUAAUAAAUUAUCCGAAAUGGAAAUGGAAUUAAAUGAACAUAAAAUUGUUAUCGAUACUUUAAAAAAUGUUGAUCCUAAAAGAAAGUGUUAUAGAAUGAUUGGAGGAGUAUUAUGUGAGCGUACCGUCGAAGAUGUAAUGCCCACAUUAGUAACAAACAAAGAACAGUUGAUUAAAGUAAUAGAAGCUUUAAAUGACCAAUUAACUAAAAAAGGUAUUGAAAUAAAUGAGUAUAAAGAAAAACAUAAUAUUAGAAUUCGAGGUCAAGAUGACUUACAACAUCCGGAGGAAGAAUCAAAAGAAGCGAAAAGGAAUGCAAUUGUUGUAAAUCCUAUUGAGGUUUAAAUAUCGUUAAUGUUUUCAUUUAAUUUAAAAAUAUUAUUAAUCUUAAAAAACUAAAUUUCAAUGCUUUAUUCUAUGAACUACCAGUAACAUUAAAGAUCAUUCUCUUUGCAUUUAUUUAUUUGAUGAAUAUGUGAAACGCAUAUAUAACCUUUAGUUACCAAUGUCAAGUUUAUUUCUUAUUUAUGAAAUUAUUAAUAAAAUUCUUUUAAAUGUAGAUAAACGUAAGUAAUAUAGUCUUAUAAUACUAUAUAAAAAACAUAUUUUAAUAUUUUUUAAAUUAAGGGUAAUUUCUUUUAAAAUUGGUAACUAAGAGUUAUAGCCAAAUUAUUUUUCUUUUUAUAAAUAUUCAGCAAAAAAUUAUAUAUGUAUAUUACUUCAUAUAAAUACAAAAAAAAUUUCUUCAUAGUCAAGCUUUAUAAAAUGAUACAAAAAAUAUUGUACACUUAAUGCUUAGUAAUUUGUUGAACAAAUUAGUGUAAUGGACUGAAUGCAAACAUACUAUUUGUAAUGAUUAACACGUAAACUAUAAGUGGAAAAAGGCAAUAUUUAAAUUAAUUUGUAUUUUAUAUCAAAUAAAAUAUUGCAAACGUAAGAUACGUAAAUAAAAAUAA